AUGAAAAGAAGACAUAAAAUUCUAAUACAGAAGUACUACUUAAAUGUCUUCAAUGGAAUUUUCUUGGCUCUGGGUCUUAUGCUUUUGACAUUUGACCUGUGGCUUUUGUUUGACAGAAACAAUUUAUUCAGUGUGUUAUUUUCUUCAGGCAACAACCAGGUCAUGCCAUAUAUUUUUUAUAUAUUACUUGGAAUUGGAUCCAUUAUUACUUUAACGUCAUCUGUGGGAUUCCUUGGAAGUGUUAAGGAAAUCAACUGUCUACUAAUUACGUAUAUGAGUUUUCAAAUGCUGGUGUUUGUUACCCAGGUGGCAGUACUGGUGCUGAUAUUCACGAAGAAAGAAGAGGUCCACAAUCAAUGGAACAACAGAAUUGAUGAUGUUAUUUCUGAAUAUGGGAAUGAGAGUCUGGCUGAGCAGGAACCCGUGUGGAACAUUCUGAAUGCUGUGCAGCAUAAUAUGGAAUGUUGUGGAAGAUACAAUGUCACACAGUGGGAAAGGAAUAAAACCAAGGAAAAUAUUACUCAGAUCCCAUGUUCAUGCACUAAAUCCAGUCUGAAGAAAUGGUUUUGUGAAGUCCCAAGGGAUUCAAUGUACAGUAUGGAAUGUGAAGAAUAUUUAAAUACAUGGUUUGAAAACCAUGUUUCGGUCUUAACUGCAAUUACUAUCAGCCUGCUAAUUACACAGAUAUUUUUGAUCACAUUAAUUGGUCAGCUGUUUAGAAACAUCAGAAAGAAUAGUAUUUGGCCAAAUGAAUCAUGA